AGACGAGUGACUAGUGGAGAAUCGAUGGACCUGUCUCUUGACACGGAUGAAGCAUGGAGGAGGCGGAACAAUGUCCAGUUCAUUCUAUUCGAAAUCGACAUUGCGAGGAUACAGACAACUGCGUUGAGCGGAAAGAGAUGCGGCAAGCGUAUUGACAGCAUUGGCUCUCAUCGUUGGUGAGGCUCCACGUUGGUCGAUUUGUGGAAGGGAGGGCGAACGUACGGCGGCUUUCCCUUACCUGUUUGUUUUGUGCUCAAACUCAUGGAUGCGUGGUGGUGCGCGGAAAGUUUUCUCCUGGAUUAGCGAAUUUUGCAUACUUGCUUUGUACUCUGCUUUUGAAUCAUGAUGGUCUUGUUUCUUUCUGAAUGAAGGAUGACGUCCAGCGCUCAGGCGUGACUUUGCGAGGCUCUGAUUGACCUCAGCAUGUACGAUGAUGGAAAGUUUG